AUGUCCCGUCCCGAGUCGGACCCGGACAUCAGGUUGAGUGCGGCAGAGGUGUAUGGGGUGCUCAGAGGCUUUCCCGAGGUGCUCCAUUGCAUCGCACGAGUUGCUACGUUCGGGGUUCUAGAGGCGAUUCGGAAACAGCUCAGUGCCCGACAUGUGCCGAGCUUGAUUCUGAAGGUGGCAGAAGCUCCAUGCACACUCGACAAAAAAAGCACCGAGCACGUCGCCAGCGAUGUGAAGGAUCUUGCACAACAAGCCGUAGACGGGGGUUUCAACAACCCCGACGGAGCCCAUGUCUUCGGCGAGCGGAAACCGGUCCCAACAUUCGAGGAAAUCAUGGCCACCAAAUCGAUCCAGACGCAUGUUCAAAAGUCCCUUCUGGACUAUGGCAACAUGAGGAAGCCUGUGCUGUACAUCGACGGCGUUCUUUCAAAGCAGCAGCCACUGGUGGUGAAAUGA